AUGCCACGGGAUACGGAACUGGAGCGACUAGCAGCGUUCGCCAAGGACUAUGCGCAGCUGUACGCGCGCUUUUCGAACCACUUCACCAUCCCGGAGAGGGCUACAAUCGACGGCUUUGCGGAGCUGUUUGAUGCAAGCCAUAUCGAGUACCUGCACUACUGCGGCGGCACGACACUUGACCGUCCGUUCUUUCCCGCCAUCACAAGCGAGCUUCUCAUGCUGAGCUCUGCCUACCUAUCGGUUCCGGAGGCGGUGGCACCGCGCGGGACUCGCACGUUUGGGCUACUUCUCAGCUUCUUCCUCUACUCCACUCAGCCCGCACGACAGCAGCCCAAGGUCCUGGCUAAUGCCAGAAAAGAAGAGUCGCUGUCGCGACUAGUCCCAGCAGGGACGUCGUUUACAGAAUGCACAUCACCUCGCAGCGGAGAACGUCGAGCGACUCGCAUCGCAAUGAUGACCAACAGUUUCACCAGCUCAAGCACCAAGCAACCACAGUCUUGUAGCCCAGCAAAGAGGACGGCAGCCACCGCGCCACCGUCUCCGCCUGUCCCGUCAUCCCUGCGCCUCCCAAUGCAGCCAGUGCCAAUAAGUGUCAGCUGCAUGCGCUUACUGCUUGCCUGUCUGUCCAUCGACGCAGGAUCGGAGGUCACGUCUGGGCAACCCUCUGCUGCGGCUCCCCCUCCAAGCGCAGCAGGGACAGUCGCUUCAGUGUCUGCCUCACCGCCUCAGCUGUCCCAUACCGAGGCCAAGGUGGUGCUGGCGCUGCGUCGCGCCACCGGGUGGCAUAUCGAGCCCUACCUGCAGCAAGGCAAACACGUUUCUGCGCUCUUGUCGGCCCACCAGGCAUGCGCGGUGCCGCUCGUGCAGCACAUCACACCUGUCCCGCGCCCUCUCUUUGCGGCUAUACUGACAGCACGCUCGAUGCAGUAUGCGUCGGCGGCACCAGAGGAGAUGGGCGGGUCUGACAGCCUCUUUCGAGACCCCGACUUUGUGAGACUGCGGCAGGAGUACGAAGCGGCGCGCCGGCGACUUCUACUGGGAGAACGCAGGUAA